AUGUCAACGGGCAAAAGGUCUUUGAAUCAGCAAAGGAAUGUGGCAUUUGUAAAAAGACAUAAAAAGGCCUUGAAAAAUCCGCUAGAUGAAUCAACCGGUACGUCAAAAUGCAUAGUUCGAGUGCCGGUGUCGAUGUAUGUUUCUCUGGCACCUACGUAUAUGGGAGAGCCCAACAAGGGCAUCAAGAGGCAGCAUCUGAAUCCGAUGAUAAUGAAGUACAGUAGUGAUGUGGGCGGUGUUGUGCUGGGAUACCAGAAUCUGGAUAUCAAAGAUGCGAGUCCCAAUAGUGAUGAUGAUGAGGCCGAUAAUGAAGGGAGUUCUGGACAUAAGCUGGUCAAAGUGACACCAGACACACCCUUUGGGUUUGCCUGGUGCAGCGUGGACUUGUUUGUAUGGCAACCACAAGUGGGCAACGUCAUUGAGGGUUGGAUCUUCAUCCAGUCCCCAUCUCAUAUUGGUCUUCUAAUUCACGACGCCUUCAAUGCCAGCAUAAAAAAGACCACCAUCCCACCCGAAUGGACUUUUAUACACAACGAGGACAUCAAUGGGUCUGGAGAAGGCGCAAGUGAGGGCGACGCAGAACAGCCGAGAUCGCUUGGCCACUGGGUCGAUGAAAAUGGGCAGCAACUGGAUGGCAAGCUCAGAUUCACCGUGAGAAACGUCUAUACGACCGGGAAAGUGGUAUCGCUCGAGGGCUCCUUGCUACAAGACGAAUCGAUGGGUGAAAACCGGUCUCAGGCCGAGAAUCUGCCCGUCGUGUCCAAUAAAAAAAUCAUUUUUGAUGACGAGGUCUCGACGGAAAACAGAGAGAGCCACAAGGAUCUCGAAUUGUCCAAGAGGGUAACGGAGGAUAACGGCGAGGAAAUCGUCUACGAGAGCAAUAGCAGCAGCAGCAGCAACAGCAGCGGCAGCGACUCGAGUGACAGCGAAUGA